AUGUUGAAACUUGUUGGCCAAGGUUUUGAUGGUUGUUCAACCAUGAGUGGUAAAGUAAAUGGUGUACAGACAAUUAUACGAAAAAUAUAUCCAACUGCUUGUUAUUUUCAUUGUGCUUCACAUAAGCUUAAUUUAGUAGUUAACAAUCAAAAUUCAAUUCCUGAAAUCAGAAAUACUAUUGGUACUGUAAAAGAAAUAAUUAAGUUUUUUAGAGAGAGUAUUUUGAGAAGAAAACUUAUUCCAAAUAUUCCAUUAUUUUGUGAGACACGUUGGUCAGAAAAGUACAAAUGUAUACGGCUAUUUGAUAAAAAUUUCAUUGAAAUUAAAACUGUUCUUGAAAAGUUAUCUAUUAGUUCAGAAGCAAAUACUGUUACAAGAAAUCGUGCAUUCCAACUUUCAUCAGCCACAUCAAAUUGUACAUUUUUGAUUAGUUUAAAAGUAAUUGCUUAUUAA